AUGACACCCCUAGACCAAGAAGAGCCAUGGGGCUUCCGAUGGCGAUCAUCCCCAUACUUCAUUGUCACGGUCAUGGCGGUGGCCUUGCUCACGGAUGAGUAUCUAUACGGGUUCCUUGUUCCCAUCUUCCCCUUUAUCGUGGAGACUCGUUUGGGUAUUGAUGCGUUGCUCACCCAGCGGAUCAGCCUUGCGCUGCUUUCCGAGAGUGCGCUGAAACGAGCCUGGCUAUUGUCUGGACUUGCGGGUGCCUUGCUGGGCUCUUUGAUUCUUGCUUUGGCCACCUCAUUAUUUGCUCUUUUUGCGGGGCGGCUGAUGCAAGCAUUGGGAAGUGCAUGUGUUUGGGUUAUAGGCUUCGCAACCAUCGCCGACCAUGUCCCUGCAGAUGAUCUGGGUAAAGUAUAUGGCUUCGUGGCUAUUGCCAUUUCCGUUGGCACAUCCGGUGGUCCGCUUGUAGCUGGAAUUCUUUUUGACCUCGGUGGCUAUUGGACUGCUUGGUCUAGUGUCCUCGUGGUUAUUGUAUUUGAUAUCGUUCUUCGGAUUCUCAUGCUAGAGAAGACACAACGUGACCCAGUGCAGGCAAAGGCUGGCAACGAUACAGAGAGGGAUGCACUCAUUCCACCACCAUCGACAAACUCGGAGGAUCGGGCAGAACGGCUAUCCGUGAAGGAGAAGACGGGGCUCGAAUUCUACCUGUGUUUGUUUGGCAACGGUCGCUUCCUCGGUGGAGUCGUCAGCUACUUCUGCUUCGCCAUUCUAACCACCAGCUUCGACACGACUCUCCCGCUUCAUGUGCGUGACAUAUUUCACUGGAAGAGUCUCCCAGCUGGUCUCUUGUUUGCCGCUUUUCAGGGCCCUGCCGUGUUCCUUGCUGUUCCUGUAGGCUGGCUGAAGGAUAAAGUGGGCACUCGACACCCAACAACGAUUGGCUUUGUUCUCCUUGUUCCUAUCUUGUGGAUGAUCGGAGUACCGGGAGACGAGCGCUUCCCAUGGGCAAAUCAAGGCAACCUGGGUCAGACGUUAUACAGCGUUGCGGUUACCUGUGCCGGGGUCGUAAUCUGUCUGUUGAACGGGGUAGGGAUGAUGGAAGCCGCUCAGGCCGUUGAUGAGAUCCAAGACGCGAAUCCUGGGAUCUUUGGGCCCAAUGGAGGGUAUUCUAGAGCAAUCUCUGUUGUCAGCGUCAGCUGGACUCUGGGGAUGUUCUUCGGCCCCAUUCUAUCGGGAUAUGCGACGGAGCAAAUCGGAUACUAUGAGAUGAACUGUUUGUUAGCGGGGAUGUGUGCCUUAUGCUCUGUGGUGGCCUCCUGGAACCUGAAGUCUGUGCCCCAACAAUUUGCAAGUAACAAGACUUGA